GCACAGAAGUUGCGGGCAAUAGUGCGGUCCGGUUGAUUAGGUAGAAGUGAAAAGUGAUUAUUAUGCGAUAAAACCCCUUUGAAAGUGAUCAGAUUUGGUGGAAAAGUGUAGGAUUACGCCUUAGCUGUAGAAUACCAGCAAACUUCAUUUAGGAACUUGAUUCCCAGCGACGCGCGCAACCAUGGUUGAGAACACCAUCAUCGAGGAGACCGAGCAAUCGAAGAAAGCCGCAAAGAAGGCAGCCAAAGAUGCCGUCAAGGCCGCUAAGAAAGCGGAGCACAAAGCAGCGGCAGCUGCCGAGAAGGACCAACAGGAACCGGGCGGCGACGAGAGCAAAGACUACUCGGUCGGUCUGUACGGCGUGACCAAGAUGAUCCAGAGUACGGCCAAGCAUGCCGAGCGUAACUUUACAAUGGUGCAUGACCUGUCCACCUGCGGGAAGGAUGCACUGGUGUGGGUGCGAGGUCGAGUGCAUACGUCACGUGCCAAGGGCAAGCAGUGUUUCCUGGUGCUCCGUCAGCAAAGUAGCACCGUGCAGUGUGUGCUAGCCGUGAACGAGAGUACCGUUUCGAAGCAGAUGGUCAAAUUUUCCGGGAGUGUACCACGGGAAAGCAUCAUCGACAUCAAAGCGAAGCUGAUUCCGGUGCAAAAUAAGAUCGAAUCGUGUACCGAGCAGAACCUGGAGCUGCACGUGGCAGAGAUCUAUUUGGUGUCGGCCGCGAAAGCCCAACUGCCACUGCAAAUUGAAGAUGCUGCGCGUCCGGAGAAAUCCGACGAUCCGGAGGCGCUAAAAAUCCGCGUCAAUCAGGACACUCGAUUGGACAACCGUGUGCUGGACCUGAGAACGCCUGCCAAUCAGGCGAUUUUCCGCUUGGAGGCCGGUGUGUGCAAACUGUUCCGUGACAUUCUGGCGAAUAAGGGAUUCACCGAGAUUCACACACCGAAGAUUAUUUCCGCUGCGAGUGAGGGUGGUGCUAAUGUGUUUACGGUCAGCUACUUCAAAGACUCUGCAUAUCUGGCCCAAUCUCCUCAGCUGUACAAGCAGAUGGCAAUCGCAGCUGACUUCGACAAGGUGUUUACGGUGGGUGCUGUAUUCCGCGCGGAGGAUUCCAACACGCACCGACAUUUAACUGAAUUCGUAGGACUCGAUCUGGAGAUGGCGUUCAAGUAUCACUACCAUGAGGUGUUGGACACCAUCGGCAAUACGUUUACGGCGAUCUUCAAGGGAUUGCGCGAUAAUUAUGGCCGCGAAAUUGCCGCCGUCGGUCAGCAGUACAACGUUGAGGCGUUCAAAUUUUUGGAACCACCCCUCAAGCUGGAAUUCGCUGACGCAGUCGCCAUGCUGCGGGAAGCCGGCGUCACAAUGGACGACGAGGAGGAUCUAUCGACACCGAGUGAAAAACUUCUCGGCAGGCUGGUGAAGGCAAAGUAUGACACCGAUUUCUACAUUCUCGACAAAUUCCCCCUGGCGGUGCGACCGUUCUACACGAUGCCGGAUCCCAACAACUCGAAGUACUCCAACUCGUAUGACAUGUUCAUGCGAGGCGAAGAGAUCCUGUCCGGUGCGCAACGUAUCCACGAUCCCGAAUAUCUGGUAGAGCGUGCCAAGCACCACGCAAUCGAUAUUUCGAAAAUCGCCGCCUAUAUUGAAGCGUUCCGCUUCGGUUGUCCGCCGCACGCUGGCGGCGGCAUCGGUAUGGAGCGUGUUGUCAUGCUGUACCUCGGACUGGACAACAUCCGUAAAACCUCAAUGUUCCCGCGUGACCCGAAGAGACUUACACCCUAAGGGGAGCGAAUUCGAGGCCACCCACAACUCCGUUUUCAACAUUUCGGUUUUCGUUUGUGUUCAUUUUUUUUUGUCCCAUUCCCUCCGUGUUUUUCAACAAAAAUUUCCACUUAGUCUUAAGACGCACUGGGACAUUGACUGUUCCGUACCAGUGAAGUUGUCUAACUAGUAUGCGCGAGCGCACACAAUAACUAAACCAGCGGUCAAUCGUAAACGAGGGAAGGAAAACUGUGGCCAGCUGAUCAAUAAUCAACUUUUAUGUUAUUCGGGAGGCGGCAGUCGAUAAUCUGACGGCAAGAAAUCGUUUCAAACAGAAGAAGGGGGAUACUUAAAAUGGAACCUGAAACGCGGAGAAUGGCAAGUUUAACUAAGCGUGAGGAUUCAGAUUCCUCACGGAGUGAGAGGGAGAGAGAGCGAAACAAGAACUGGAGUACGGACGAUUGUGUGAUCCUUUUUUUUCCGAAUCCUAACGGUUGAAGUGACCUAAAUUAUAAUAACUGAAAAUACAAUAACAAGUCGACUUCGAA